GGGAGCCGUUAGCGGGUGCAGAGUGCGCAUGCGUAGAGCGCCGCCCACAGCCCGAGCCCGAGCCCGGUAGUGGGGCUGGAGAGACCGGGAUUGACCGCUGAGGGAAGCAGGAAAUGACGGAAUACAAAUUGGUAGUGGUAGGAGCUGGUGGUGUGGGAAAGAGUGCCUUAACUAUCCAGUUGAUUCAGAAUCACUUUGUGGAUGAAUACGAUCCAACAAUUGAGGACUCCUAUAGGAAGCAGGUAGUGAUUGACGGUGAAACAUGUUUAUUAGACAUUCUGGACACAGCAGGUCAAGAAGAAUAUAGUGCAAUGAGGGAUCAGUACAUGAGGACAGGAGAGGGUUUCCUCUGUGUAUUUGCCAUAAACAAUAAUAAAUCGUUUGCAGAUGUUCACUUGUACAGAGAACAAAUUAAACGAGUAAAGGAUUCUGAAGAUGUUCCCAUGGUGUUGGUGGGAAACAAAUGUGAUUUACCUACCCGGACAGUGGACACAAAACAAGCGCAGGAGCUAGCUAGGAGUUAUGGGAUUCCUUUCAUAGAAACCUCAGCAAAAACAAGACAGGGAGUUGAGGAUGCAUUUUACACACUGGUACGAGAGAUUCGGCAGUACAGAAUGAUAAAACUCAACAGUCAAGAUGAUAGAAACCAAGGCUGCUUGGGCUUAAAAUGCAUAAUUAUGUAAUUAGGAUAUAUUGGACACCUUCUUCCACAUAGCAGUCUGUGAAAAAUACGCAAACAAAAUCUGAGCAAAGAUGGGAAAAUAAAGAUUAAAUGUCCUUCAGUGUGAAAUUGCAGACCACACCUGCCCCUUUUCUCUUUUUAUAAAAAUGUGUUGAGAUGUAGAAUAGGUUUACUAGGUACAGAUGCACUUGCUCAUUCUCUUUCUGUACAUUACACUAAAUUUACUAGAUUUCAUUUUUGUAGUACACUAACCAAAUUAUGUUGGGGGUAACGAUCAGACGGUAGUACGUACUAGUCUGAUAAAACUUUUUUUUAAAAUAUAAAGUGCCUGUUUACUGCAACAACAAACAUUUUAGUUGCUUUGAACCUUUGAGCUAACUUGAACUGCCUACUUCUGCCAAACAGAUUUCAAAUGUGUAAACAAUUUUUAAAAAUUCUUUUAUUUAGCCUGGAAACUUAAGAGUAUUGUAGGCACCUCGAGAUCUGCAUGGCAAUUCAUAGUGACAAUUCAUGUGGGCAUUCACACCAAGCAUUAAGAAGGGAUACCAAAUUAGUGAAAGAAUGCAGCUGUGAAACCAGCAAGUGCAAUCUUGUCAAAAUGUAGCCACGGUUACCUGCUGCAGCAGAUCAGUGGAUAGCUGACACAUCAACCUGUGCUGGGAAGUUACAAAGUGUUUGCACCAUGCCCAAUAUGAAGGGCAUGUUCUUAAUGCGUUACCUCCCUUGCUAAAUUAGAUAGUGUUUCUACAGAGUUUCUGUUCUUGUAAACUUUCCUGUUGUCAAUGAGCAAUGAGUGUCACCUAUUGGGCAAAUAACAGUGGACACAUUUUUAUUCAUUCGGAAUAAAUAAGAAACUUAGCAGUCUCUCAAUCAGUGCAGCAUGGUUCUUGAGUUGUUUUAGGAUAUGUGUUUUAAAAAGAAAACAAUCUGAUCACUGUUGUAGAGUAUCUUUGUGACUGGUUCCUAACUGUAGUGACUGUGGCCAGCCCUUAGCUCAAAUAAGUUCGGUAUACAGUUUUAAUGCCCAUUUUCACUACAAGGCAUUAGGCUAAAAUUGCUUAUGAACAUUAAUAGGCAAGGAAGGAGGGGGACCUAUGUGCUUUAUCUUCCCUUGUGCCUUACCUGAUCUGGGAGUGGUGGUUUUCAGUUUACAGUGAAGCAAUUCCUUACAUUGCCAAGCAGAAGAACAUGGGACAUUUUGGGCAUGUAGAAUACUGUUCUGGUGGUAUGGUUUGAUGUCCGUUGUACAGCAACUGAAAACCUUAAAACAGACUUAGCGGAAGCACUAGUCAAUCACUAUCCUUAUGCAGAAGCAUUACAGCAACUUUUUUUAAAGAAUGAGUCUUGGGAGGAAGGAUCCUCAAUGCUAUUUUUAAAAGUAAACAGUGAACCAUAUUUUAGAUUUAGCACAUUUCCUGAACUCUGCUUUGCAGUCAAAAAAUCAAUAUUUAAAAUAGUUUUUGGUUGGAAACUCUUUGCUUAAUUGAAAAUCCGAUUUAGCAGUUGACAGAGUUUAUAUCUUUUAAUAAACCAUUAUAUGAUGGUUUGGGGAUGAUGUUGCAAAUUAGAUAAAUCAGCAAUUUUUAAAACUAACUGACUAACUCCAUAACAGCUCAAACUGCUGCGUGAGGUCAGAUCAAAUCGACCCUCCCAAGAAGCUGAUAGCAAUGAGCAAACCCCAAACUAAUAUAAUGUGCAAUGACGAGCAUAAGACGUGCCAAUAGAACAUAUUUUCUAAUAUCCUUGGGCUUACUGUUCUGUCAUACUGUGCAGUCUUCACUGCACUUGCAGCCUAUAAUACAUUUGCCACAUUUAAAAUGAUUAACCUUUCAUUUUUAAAAAUAAAAAUUUUAAGUCAUUCAUGACAUUGUGAUGUUUUGUUUAUAGCCUGUUCUGUUUCUUUAGUGUAGUGUCCAUGUUACCAGCUCAUGUCAGCACAACUCGGUGUGGCAGGUGUUUUUUGGGGGCAGCAAGACCUACAGAAGGGUUAUGCUGUUCAGCUUUUGGAAACUCCAGGAAUUGGGAAGUUUUUCAGUAUUGAGCUCAUUUGCCCCUAAAUACUUCGUAACUUGCAGCAAAGGAAUGGGAGUCAACUAUUCUACACCUCAAGCCUGUUCUGCCAGUCGAUUAGAUCAUGACUGAUCUGGCAUAUUUUGGUAAUUAGAUAUUGGCAAAUUGAACCUGACAUUCUUGCAUAUAUUGAUAACCACUGUUAGCCUUUCACCUGAAAAAGACUUCACUCAGAUUUUGUUUUGCUGAGGUGUGAUUGCAUGUUGAUCACACCUUGACCUGGGACUUAAAAAGUUUUUCUUUGUUUCAUAUAACUUCUCCACAUGAUACAAGGUCUUAACAUAGGCUUAAGAAGAGAAUGUUUGAUUUACUGAAAGUUCUAGCUGUGUUUCUGCUGAUUUGGAGUUUAAAUUUGAUCACUACUUUCCAUCCAUUUAUACUUUAAAUGUGGCACCUCCAAGAUAUAUGUGUGCAGUAUUAAUUUGCUCUACAAUCUGACCACUACCACCUCCAUGAACUCUGGCCCCAGCCUGUGCCCUCUUCCAGGAUAUUCAGGAAUUCGGUGAACUGUUCCACAUGAUGCUCAUCACUAUAGUUUUCUGUUAACAGAUUGGGCAUUUUUUCCAACUGCUUUUUUCCUCCUUUCCUCUGAAAGCCCAGCUUUAGUAGGAUGACUUUCCUAGCCCAAAGAUCUGUUAAGUUGAAGAGCGCAGCCUCCUCAGUUGUACAUUACAGAUUGAGAGAGCACGGGAGUUGGAAGCAGUAAACACAAGAUGUGUGGCCAGUGUCAAAAUCAUUGUUAAUAGGUUGACUAAACAGUUUGCAAGCUCAAUGGAUCAGAAGUUCCAGACUAGUUUUGCUUCUCUACUGUUAUUGCAUGGCAGGCAUGAAUUAUUCCCACCCAGUGUCACUGGUAGACUCUAGCAGAAUCGAGAUGCCGAAGUACUGAAACAACUGUAUGUCUGCUCAAGACCUCCUACAGUCAGGUUCAAAGUUGUAUGUUCCAUAAAGUCCUACAAAUAGUAGUGCUCAUAAAGUGCUAUAUGUGAUGUAACCCUCUCCACCAGGACACUAGUGAAUCAGACGUUACCUUUUUAAACUCCAUAGGUUUACUUGAAAGUUAUGCUGAACUUUUCACUGUGUAAACGUAUUGGUAAUAUAUGCAGUUGUGAGAAUGAUUCUAUUUAAUGUUGACAUGCGUUUCCAGCUUUCAGUUGUCCAAAUCGAUCUGUUGAGGCAGCUGACAUGUUCUGAUGUAAUUAAGGUAUUAGCGUAUGUACAAUGGCAGGGGUUUUUUGCAUUUAUCAAAGCAUUCACUAUGGUUUUAGACUGAUGUAUAACCAUUGAUUACAAUUGUAUUAAGAUUCUGAGAGACAGCAUCUUUUUUGCAUCUCAGUUUUCAGGAGUUGAGACUUAACGUUUUCAGUGUUGAAUGCUCUUUGCAGAUGCAAGCAAUGUUUUCUGUCCCUUGCAUGGUCGAAUUUCUGACAAACCUAUCUCUUUGUAUAUUCAAAGUUCAUAUAACAAAUGUUAUGUAUUAAAAAUGUACGGUAAAUUAGUAUCAUUGAAAAGUUGUAUGUUUUACCCUGUUUUGAUAUUGUAUUUGCAAUCAUUGUUCAAUACUGCCAGAGUUGUGCUAUUCUCUUGAUUCCUUUUUGGGCUUAAGAUUUGAAUAUUUUUUGAUAAUCUAGCGAUGUUUGUACUAGGCAAUUUGAUGCCAUUAUUUUGUCAUGUUAAUGUAUUAAUUUUUUAGGUAAAAUAGGAUCUGUUUGAAACCACCCCUCCCUCCCCCACCCCCAAAAAAGCUGCUGUCUCCCUCAGACUAAUACAUAGUGGAAUGGAACUUUUCUCAGUUCUGAUGAGCAUGUCCAGAAGGCUCAGUUUAUCAUAGGAUUUUCUCUGUGGGGGAAUACAUUUCUGUGAUGCACUGCACCAAAUGAGCAUGCUCAAUGUAUUGAAGAAAUUCAGGUAAACGCUAGUAUAAUGAAUUGAAUGAUGAAAACAGACUGUAACAUAAAAUUUUUCUGUGGUUUUUGCAGAAAGGCAUUGCUGAUUUGGGAACACUCAAAUUGCACAUAUUGUAACUUUUAAAAAAAUCUUUGAAUUAUGAACCUGUGAGGUUGUGGAGUGCAUAAUGUAAUUCUGGAGACGUGUAUUGCUUGAAUCUAACACACUUUCCAAAUGCAUUUGGAGUAUAACUUGCAAACAGACCAAACUCUUAACCUGUACUGCAGAUUUAUGUUCUGAUAUACGUAGUAGUUAGUGUACCAUUUUCCUGUAUUAACAAACCAAUACUAAAAGGAGAGCAUUGUGUAAUGUUUGGAUACAUAUAACAUGCAGGUUAAUAAGACUCUUCUUGUUUUGUAAAACCGUGAACUAAUAUUGCACUGAUUAUUUCUUCUCCUGUAGGAGUUAACCUAAAACAGCAAUGACUGUGGUCAUUUAGGCUGGACAAAGUUAAUUGACCUUUUAUUAAUUUUCUUAGUGUCCACUGCAUGUAUGCCAUUAAAAUCUGGAUUGUAUUAAGCUAGCAUAUUGCUUAUAACCCAGAUCGUACACUCAUUAUAUUGGAGUCAGAGGUAUUUAAUUUGUCUUUAUAAUAACUGCACAGAUAGUGCACUAGAUUUUGACAUUUCCUUCUCCGCCCACCCCCACACCAUGCAAAAAAACUUCGACAGUAAUUGAGAGUUGGAGUUUCUGAUAAACCGGGCCAAAUUGAAAUGUUUCCCGAUUUUGUUGUUGUUUCACACAUCGUGGUUUUUAAAACUUGGCAAUAUUCUGAGCAAUGAAAGGAAAUAUUUGAGUGUUCCCUCAAUUAUGUACAUACUGCGAUUUCUUCCUUUUUGGUAACUCCAAAGUGUGUCUUGUUAAUUCAAGUGCUGGUUUGCAUUUAUGAUUGUGAAAAUGGCUGGCUGAAAGUAUAUUUUUGCAUGAUACAACUGCUUUUUUUCCCUAUGGAGACAUUGACCUUUUUUGUAAAUAAGAUUGUCUUUUAAACUGGGAAACUUUCUAUGGAUGAAAGGAAUUUCUUUGACUGAGCUCUGGGACAAAAGGAAAAGAAAAUAUACAAAGCACUGGUGACCUUUGAUUUCCACGGUCAUGUUUGUCCUGCAUGCAGGAACAUUCACCAUGAGCCAUUUUGUGUAUUCAAUGCAGUGAGACAAUAAAAAAGAACUUAUUCUGUA